AUGUCUUCUCCAAGUCUCAGUCUUCGCACUGAACAUCUUGUCCUUCGUUCCGCCGCUCCCUCCGAUGCCGCCCCCCUCGCAGCCCUUUUUGCCAACCCCCUCAAUACCCUGCAUGAACCGCACAAGCCAAGCAACCCAACAGAAGAAGAGUAUCAGCGCCGAAUCGCCGAAGGGGAGGACCUACGCGCUCGGGGGCAAGCCUACUUUCUCGUCAUUUGCCGCCGCCCAACAACAGAGACGGGAUCAGCCUCACCAUCUGCGGAUAAUGUCAUCGGCUUCGGCGGCAUCAACAACAUCUCUAUGGACGCGCAGGGUAAGCGAACUGCGGAUCUGGGUGUGCUGAUCGACAGCUCCGAGUGGAGGAAGGGCUACGGGCGGGAAGCGUUGCGGGCUACGUUGGACUUUGCAUUCCGAAAGGUGGACGCGGAGGGCGCCGGAUGCGACGAGGCCCUUUUUGAGACAUUGGCGGUGAACACGCCGUUUCAGGGCCUGGCUGAUGGCAUGGGGAUGGCGAAGUGGAAGCAGGUGAAGAGUAACGGAAAAGAGGUCGAAUACAGGUUCAGCAAAGAGGAUUGGGAGGGAAUGAAGGAUGAAACAGCAUGA